AGACGUACUCGAGUGUGACGUCACUUCCGUAAUAAACAUCACAGAUUUCACAUCAGAGAGUGGAUAUUAUUACGAGCUAACCUGAUGUUUACCGCGCUGACGACAGUUUGUGCGCCGUGUGAAGGAUAUGCUCUUACCAAGAGGGAGUAGAGAGGAUUAGAAAUAUUCAAGGUUGUAACAGUAUGGUGACGCACUUAUAACGCUGUCGGUGUGAACGCCUCGUCUGAGCUCAUCUGCUGUUUAUUUGAACAUCUUCUUCCAAAAUGAGCCGGGAUGUCCCCAUCCACAGCUGGCCUGGUUCCUACUACAUCAACAGCCAGAAGCGUUGGGAGACCGGGACCCUGUCACUCACCAGGACCACGGUGCGCUUCAUCUCCAAUCAGAGCAAGGAGACUCUGGCAAGCUUCCGCCUGUCCCGGAUCAUGGAGAUCAAGAUGGAGUCAUCCAGUUUUAUCUUCAGCACCCUCACAGUGCUCGAGGAGGGCAAUGUGAAGCACUGGUUUGGUUCCCUGAAACCCAACCGGGUGGUGGUUUAUAAUGUGUUGGAGCAUUUCUGGAGAGAGCGCUUACUUUCUCCCGGUUCAGAGGCUCGGGGGGCCGAGUAUCAGCCCUCUAAAGGAAGAGAACUGAUCAAUCUAGUGGUGGGGGCCCAGAGGAGACUGGAGGACACUGGCGUAGUCCUCAGCCACCAGGGAGAGCAAUUUGACAAUAUGAUGCAGGGACUUGAAAAGAUAGACUCUGAUUUGGGCGUGGCUGAUAAACUUUUAUCAGAACUGGAGUCUCCUCCCUGGUGGCCUUUUGGCAAACUUCCUUGGAGGACAACACAAGAAGCCAAGGCUGAAGAUGCUGCAAGAGCUGCAGCUGCCGCCUCGGCAAGCAGGGCGUCCGGUAAAAAUAAGGUGAUCGCAAGCAUCCCAGCAGUAGUGUCCAGAGGUGGAGAUUCAGACUUGAAACCUGGAUGUUUGCUGGUGCUGGUGUCCUCACUGGAGGUGCGGGACACAAACUGCCAACUCCUGCACCGAUUUGAACGGAAUGAAAUCGAUGAAAUCAGAGUGCACAGUCCCUAUGAAAUUACAGUUAAACAGCGGUUUAUCGGGAAACCAGAUGUAUGUUACAGGUUCCUGUCUGCAAAGAUGCCAGAGGCUAUGUCCGUGUUAGCGAUGCAGUACAAAAAGAAAGUGGAGCUCACAAACGAAUACACAGCUUUCAAAGUGACUCCUCUUCCAUCUCCAUGUGAUAAAGAAGAGACAAACUGGACUGAAGGUUCGCUGCCAAAGUGCCAAGACACUGAACUCCCAGUGGAGGUCCCAGCAGGAGAGCUGUCCCAGUUGCAGGUGCAAGUCCUCCAACCAUCUGUCAGUCAGGCUGAGGCCCAGGAACUCAAGCAGAUGCUGAUGCAGUUGAAGAACCUGGCGCUGGAGGCAGAGACGGAGCUGGAACGGCAGGAUGAGGCUCUGGACGUCUUGACAAGCUCAACGGACCGAGCCACCAUGCACAUAGAGAAGCACACAUGCCGCAUGAAAAAGCUGUUGUAGCCCUGACAGUUUAGUGCAUGUCCCUCCUGACAAAUGCACCUUGCCUUUCAUCAUCGUCCACAUGGGAUUUGUACAGAUUGCCAUAACAGACAUAGUUCAAUGAGGGCUUGCAUAUAGUCCUGUGUAGUAAAGGAAUGUGCUAUCUGCAAACUGACAAAAAAGCCGAAACACAUAUUAUUCUCAGCCUCUUUUCUCAUCCCUCCUCCCCAUCCCAUCCCAGUACCGGCACAUGAUAGUGUUGCUUGUGGCUUGGCUCGGGCGGCUAAACCCGAUUGGAAAUAUUUUUUAAGGGAAACCAGUGAGGGAUCACACCAUCACACCCAUGGGUCAGCGCCAGUGUCAGUGUUGGUAGAAUAUCAGGAAUCCUCUUUUCAAGUGAAAAACAAGCUAAUGAUUUCAAACUUUAAAGUAAUAUAAGAACAUGUGGAUUUGUUUGAUCACAGUAAUGUCUGCCAUUCUUCCUCUUUCUAUUUCUCAGGUCAUGGAUGUCACUUAUCUUCUCAUUACUAUUGCAUGUGUCAAUAUAAUGUUAUGAAAACGUCCAAUAUAGCUGAAUAUAAAUGCACAACUCUGUUCUGGGAUGGAAUAAAAAGCACUUCUUCUCUUUGCUUAUGAUAUAUUCGGUAAUUUAUCUAUUGUAUAUGACUUGCUAAAGACAGAUUGGUACUGUACGACUAUAAAUCUGUAUUCAUUAUAAAUUACUGACACUUAUUGCAAUUCUGUUAUUUUAUUGUGAUCAGUUAUCACUGUGAAUUUGUAAUUAGUCGGUAGGUGAGUUAUUCUGAAACUGAAGACAUAAAGACCUUUAGGCUUACUCUAUCAUCGAUAUUAACUUAUUUAAAAAUGUAAGGUGAAGGGUGUGUAUUUAUUAACUUCUUUUUUAUCUAAAUUUGAGCAUGCCAGAGAAAGUUUGAGAAUCAUUGCAUUGAAUAUAUGUCAUGUAAAUAAAAUCUUCUAAAAUGACCUCGGUUUACAUUUUUGUUCAUUGUCAUAUUUUAUCUUGGAUGUAAGAAAAUGACAAGUAAAUUAAAGGAAAACGAAAAAAGAAAUAACAUGUUUUAUUUAGAAUAAUAACGAAAAUAAUAACAUGUUUUGUUCAUGUAUUGUAAGCAGCCUUUUUAUCAGCUAGGAAGUCAUCAGCAUUUCAAACCUGUAAUAGGACACUACGUGUAA